UAUGACAAUAUAGUUGAUGAAAAUUUAUGAUAAUAUAAGAAAUUGGGUGUUUAGAUGAAUAUUUUUCAUUAUAUCACUGAAGUCAUGGGUACUACACUUAGGGAGUACUCGUUGGGUUGAAUUUUCUAUUCCAAAACUCAUUAUUGAGUUUUUUAACAGGUGCAUUUUCUAGGAUGAAUUUGAAUUCGCAGAACCUGACCUAAUCAUCCCUAGUGGUUGUACCAUUGCAAAAACUUCCUUCAUGUUUUGAUGCGAGAUCAGCUCUAAUGAUAUCCUUUUUGUACAGUUUUUUGUUUUUCUUUUCUUUGUUAAUAUAAUUUUAUCGCCAUUAUAAAAAAAACUUCCUUCGCUAUUAGUUAUUCCACAACAAAAAACGUGAAGAUAGGCUCAGCCUUGUGGGUGUCGGGUAAGGAGCAUGAGGCUCCUCUUCUAUUGCCUUUGGCUCCCGUCUUAGGACAAGAUAAGCUUUCGACUCUGAUCUGUCCAGGGGAGGGGAAAUGGUGUGAGGAAUGCCUGGUAACUUGCUUCCCUACUCAAUGGGUCAUACGGAUUACAUCUAUUAUGUUACUCCGCUUGGAGGUGAAAGACAAACUCAUCUGGACAGAGGAUCCUUCUGGCGCUUAUGCGGUCAAGUCUAGAUAUCAUCUAGUGUUCCGUAGGCGCCGCCGGUGGGUGAAAUGGAAAGAGGAUCUCAGUUGGAUGGAUAGGAAGCUUUCGAAGACCAUUUGGUCUCUACAGGUACAACCAAAGCUGAAAUUCUCUCUGCCAGAUUUUUAGCCGCAUUUUGCCCACUACGGAGGCUUUACGCGAGAAGGAGGUUCAUGUCCCUGGGCGUUGCCCAGUUUGCUGGGCAGAGUUGGAAUCUUUGGAGCAUAUCUUCUUUCUUUGCCCAGUGGCUCAUGAGUUGUGGGAGGUGGGCGGGGUCCUUGGAUUAGAAGACGGACUGGAUGGAACCAAUUUUGUGGUCUUCCUUUGCCGAGUCUUUGAGCGGGUAACCUCGGAGGUCAUGAUGUGCAGACUAGUAGCAGUUUUAUGGCGCAUUUGGAAGGCUCGUAAUUGGGUGGUCUUUGAAAUAAAGCAGGUUCACCGGUCCAUUCUCCGACAACAGCUCAUGCAUCAAAUUCGGGAGUGGGAAAGGGCGCUAUAAGGGGAUGGGGCUGAAAGGCCCAUUUGUCCACUGGUCCAGAAUGGGGUGGGUGGGACGGCGUGUCCCGUGGGGGAGCUGAAGUGUUCUUUUGAUGGUGUUGUUUGUGGUCAGUCUCAUGCUGCAGUUGGGAUAGUUCUUUGGGAUGCAACGGGAGCUGUCGUGUUGGGCUAAAGGGGAGCGUUUGAUCCAGUAGUGGUGGAAUUGGUUGCACUUCGGAGGCUAUGUACUCGUGCAUUAUGAGGGGAUGGGAGUCGAUGCUGAUUGUGGGAGAUGCUAAGGUUGUAAUUGAUAAGGUGAAUGCGCAGGAGGUGAUGGACGCGAAGGGUGGAGCAAUUCUCCGGGAAGUCAGGGCUUUCCGGCAAAUGUUCCCGGGGUUUAGAGUACAGUUCGUUGGUAGACAAAAUAAUAGAGUUCCCCAUUUGGUGACAAGGAAGGUCGUAGUAUUGUCAGCUAGUGUUGUGCUACAUUUUGAUUUUUGCGCUUGGCUUCGUUCGAAGUUUUAAACGGUUGAUCUAUUUUUCUUUUGGUAAUGCAAGCUAUCUUUGGUUUUAAAAAAAAGUUAUUCCACAACAGUGAAAGAAAGCUAAAAUGAAAGGAGGGUGAAGGAAGGUGAUGUGAUGGUGGCCGUGGUUACUGUUAGUAGAAUUUAUCAUGGUAUAUGCCACAUUUGGUCAUUAAGAUUACUAAAUCGUGUUAUAUAUAGUCCCUAUGAAAAAUUAAUAUAAAUUUUGGUCACUCGAAUUACUAAACAUGUCACAUUUAGUCACUCUCUCGUUAGCCUCCGUCCAACUCCGGUCACUCGAAUUACUUAUUUGUUUAUGAAUGUCACUAGAAUUACUUAAACAUGUCAUGUUUAGUCACUCUCCGUUAGCCUCGUCGUCCAACUCCGUUAAUGGAGUUGGACGGAAACUAACGGGAGAGUGACUAAAUGUGACAUGUUUUGGUAAUUCAAGUGACCAAAAUUGAUAUAAAUAUUUUUCUAGUGACUAAACAUGACAUGAUUUAGUAAUCUCAGUGACCAAAUGUGGCAUUUACUCCUUCAAAGAUGUUUGCACGACUUUCUUAUAAUUAAAUUUGAAAUUUGAAACUUGAGUGAAUGGGUUGAGUUGGAAUGCAAAAGUGGGGAGUCUGAUUGAUAUGAAAACUCGGACCUGUGAGAAUAACAUGUUAUAAACAAGGGGUGAGAUAGCAUAACUAUCCCUAAAAGGGUUGGAAAAAUGACACUCUCUAUUAAUUAUAGGCUUUUAAGGUAAUUGAUUUGUGUUGCAUUUAAUAAUAUGUCUGAAUAAAAAAACUCAUAUUAAUUGCUUUCCUUUUUUCAGUGCAAUGGUAGUUCAACCAGUGCAAUGAUAUCAGUGUACAAGUGCAAUGACAGUUGUAUCAGUGCAAUGGUAGUUAGAAAAAAAUGUAAUUAAUAAGAGUUUAGUGUACAGGUGCAAUAGUAGUUAAAAACAGGAAUGUAAUUAAUACGAGUUUUUAAUUCUCAAAGAUUAUUAAAUGCAACACGAAUUUAAUAUCAUAAUUAACUAUAAUUAAUAAGGGUGUUAUUUUUCCAACCUCACAGAGGAGUUAGCAAGCUAACCGACCCCAUGUUACAAAGCUACUUCCAAGUUCCAACCGAGUGAGAGGAAAAGGAUUACUCAAAUUCGUUUGCCAACACCAGUCACUUCAGAAACAAUUAUGGAAAUCGAAAUUACCACCCAAAAUUACCAUCAAAUGGCAAGGGUGAUUAAUCAAAAGUGUGGCUUCAGCGGUCACUUGUCUUUCCUUUACCACAAUUAAAAUUAGACUGUAUAACGACACUAAUGUUGGUUUAAUUGAAGUUCCAGGCCAGUUAUAAAAAGAGAUGUUAUUUUUUGCACAAAUCAAACGAUUAAUAUAAUCAACAGGAAAAGUGUAA